CAGGGAAAGAAUAAUGAGAAAAGCAUACCAGUGGAUUGAAAUAAGUUAGCAAAAGCUAAUGGAAGGUGGCCUAAUUUUGAGAAUCUACUGUAUUUAAUAUCAUGUUUAAUUAGUGCUUAUGUAUUGGAAGAUUAUAUAUAAUCUCCUCCUGAAAGCUGAUGCAUGCAUAAUUCUUAAUUAAAUCCUGACAGGGACAAUCCAAAACAAAAAAAAAGGACAAAAACAAUGAAGAAGAAAGAAAGAAACAGAGAGUGGAAUCAGAAUCCGAUCCCUUUCUAACAGCACUCUUCCUUUUUUGAAAAACUUGUAAAAGUUUCCAGCUUUCCUCUUUUCAACAAGUUGUCCCUUAAUUAAUUUCUUCUGUCGAAAAUCAUAGAUUUUGCAUUAUAAAGAGCUCGUUAAUGUCACUAUCUUCUCUGCACAGAUCACAUUUAGUAGUACUUCCCAAGCUGACAUCGAUGGCAAAGAACUCAUCAGAGAGUAGUAGCAAGAAGAAGCAAGAAAACAGAGUGUGCGAGAAGUUCUUCAGAGCAGUGACUAGUCCUGUCCGAACCGUUCGCCGCAUCUCCACCAAACCUUCACCAGCAGAGGCUGUUCGCGUCAAAUUUGCAGAGACACCGACUCAGGCAGCCAAACCCAUUACAAAGAUGAAACCGGUGAUCGCUCGAGUGGAGACUAGUAUCAAAACGGACGAGAGGUUCACCGACUAUAUAAAGAAAGCGAAGCUCAAGAUAAGGGCGAUGACGAAUGUCGGUGAUAUGAUGAAGGAGGAUGCGUGGGAGACAAGUGAGACAGAUCAGACACGUCAUGAUCAUCAUCACCAUGUCCCGAUCUCUCACGUAGGAAGUAGUGGGAGAUCAUCAGAUCAGUUCUCUGAGUACAUAAAGAAGGCAAAGAUGAAGCUCAGAUCCUCUUCCACCAUUGCUCGUGCUAACCCGACUUUCAAGUGAUGAAUCCUGCAGGCCUAAGAGAGAUUGAUUUAUAUUAUCAUAUAUGUAUAUGUUUUGUGGUGUGAUACUUUGAUUAAUAUUGACAAUAACGGACAUGGAUUUGUUGUAUUAAUGAAAACUACGUAUAUACGUAAUACUACUAAUUAAUGAUCAUUUUACUAUA